AUGUUUCCGCUAACGCCGCCAGUUGUGAAACGACUUUUAGAGUGGAAAAAAGGUCCUGAAGGAACGUCUGCGGCAGAGGACAAAUGGUCAGAAAAGGCCGUCAAAAGCUUAGUUAAAAAGUUAAAGAAAAGUGGAGCUCUCGAGGAGUUAGAAAAAGCCAUAUCUAGCCAAAAUAGCCAUACUAAAUGCGUCACGAUACCCAGAGUAAAACCAAAUGAUAACAUAAAUGGUCAGUACAGAAAAGGCUUGCCGCAUGUUAUCUACUGCAGGCUGUGGCGUUGGCCGCAGCUACAAAGCCAACACGAAUUGAAGCCCGUAGAUCAUUGCGCCUACGCGUAUCAAUUGAAGAAAGACGAGGUCUGCAUCAACCCAUACCACUACAAUAAAAUCGAUUCGCCUGCCCUACCGCCAAUAUUGGUGCCCCGCUGCGCGGAGGGCGAGGUCCGCGCGCCGCCUCCCUACACGGACUACCACCAGCCGCAUCACGAGCACACCGACGCCCUGUCGCUGAGCGUGAUGCAGAGUGGGGGCGUGGUGGGCGUCGGCGCGCACAGCGCCCUCUACCUCGAGGCUACGCUCGCGCAACAGGUGCCAGGCAACACCACGGUGCAUGUGAGUUCUUCAACAGUGGAGACACCUCCUCCAGGCUACAUGAGCGAAGACGGCGACCCGAUGGACCACAAUGACAACAUGAACCUGACGCGGCUGACCCCGUCUCCGCCCGGCAUGGUGACGGAGGCGGCGCCCGUUCUGUACCACGAGCCGGCUUUCUGGUGCAGCAUCAGCUACUACGAGCUGAACACGCGCGUCGGCGAGACCUUCCACGCCUCGCAGCCCUCCAUCACCGUGGACGGCUUCACCGACCCCAGCAACAGCGAGAGGUUCUGCUUGGGUUUGUUGUCAAAUGUGAACAGAAACGAAGUAGUGGAACAAACCCGCCGUCACAUCGGAAAAGGAGUCAGACUGUAUUAUAUCGGAGGCGAGGUAUUUGCUGAGUGUCUUAGUGACUCGUCGAUUUUCGUACAAAGCCCUAAUUGCAACCAGCGCUAUGGAUGGCAUCCCGCCACAGUCUGCAAAAUACCACCUGGAUGCAAUUUGAAGAUCUUCAACAACCAGGAGUUCGCCGCGCUGCUAUCGCAAUCUGUGUCGCAAGGUUUCGAGGCAGUUUUCCAGCUGACGCGUAUGUGCACGAUACGGAUGAGCUUCGUUAAGGGAUGGGGCGCGGAGUACAGGAGACAAACAGUGACUUCCACUCCAUGGGCAGCCCACGUUUGCCCUGCUCUUCAAUGUCCUAGAUGGAAAUUGCAUGGGGUGAAGAAUUUGGAAAUUGUC